CUCACCCCACACCCAACAUGGUGCCUGGAUCUGAUUGGAGGCUGCAUGAAAGAAUUCACACAGGCAUGAAGCCCUAUGAAUGCUUAGAGUGCGGGAAGAGUUUCAGUCGGAGGUCUACCCUUAAAGACCAUCAGAGGAUCCACACAGGAGAGAAACCUUAUAAAUGCUUCGAGUGUGGGAAAAGUUUCAGUCGGAGUUCAGACCUUGACACGCAUCACAGGAUCCACACAGGCGAGAAGCCCAAUGAAUGCUUAGAGUGUGGGAAGAGUUUCAGUCGGAGGUCUACCCUUAAAGACCAUCAGAGGAUCCACACAGGAGAGAAACCUUAUAAAUGCUUUGAGUGUGGGAAGAGUUUCAGUCGGAGUUCAGACCUUGACACUCACCACAGGAUCCACACAGGCGAGAAACCUUAUAAAUGCUUAGAGUGUGGGAAGAGUUUCACUUAUAGAAAUAUCCUUAAAAUACAUCACAGGAUCCACACAUCCGAGAAGCCCUAUAAAUGCUUAGAGUGCGGGAAGAGUUUCAGUCGGAGCUCACACCUUGACUCCCAUCACCGGAUCCACACAGGGGAUAAGUCUUAUAAAUGCUUAGAGUGCGGGAAGAGCUUCAGUCGGAGCUCACAUCUUAACUCCCAUCACCGGAUCCACACAGGGGAGAAGCCUUAUAAAUGCUUAGAGUGCGGGAAGAGCUUCAGUCGUAGCUCAAGCCUUGACACCCAUCACCAGAUCCACACAGGAGAGAAGCCUUAUAAAUGCUUAGAGUGUGGGAAGAGUUUCCCUUAUAGAAAUAGCCUUAAAAUACAUCACAGGAUCCACACAGGCCUGAAGCCUUAUAAAUGCUUAGAGUGCGGGAAGAGUUUCAGUCAAAGUUCAAGCCUUGACGCCCAUCACCGGAGCCACACAGGGGAGAAGCCUUAUAAAUGCUUAGAAUGUGGGAAGAGCUUCAGUCGGAGCUCAAGCCUUGACACCCAUCACCAGAUCCACACAGGAGAGAAGCCUUAUAAAUGCUUAGAGUGUGGGAAGAGUUUCACUUAUAGAAAUAGCCUUAAAAUACAUCAUAGGAUCCAUACAGGCCAGAAGCCUUAUAAAUGCUUAGAGUGUGGGAAAACUUUCAGUCAGAGUUCAGGCCUUAACACCCAUCGGAGGAUCCACACUGCUGAGAAGCCUUAUGAAUGCUUAGAGUGUGGGAAGUGUUUCAUUUGUAGAAAUAGCCUUAAACUACAUCACAGGAUCCACACUGGUGAGAAGCCUUAUAAAUGCUUUGAGUGUGGGAAGAGUUUCAGCAACAGCUCAAACCUUGACACCCAUCACAGGAUCCACACAGGAGAGAAGCCCUAUGAAUGCUUAGAGUGUGGGAAGAGUUUCACUGGUAGAAAUAGCCUUAAAAUACAUCACAGGAUCCACACUGGUGAGAAGCCUUAUAAAUGCUUAGAGUGUGGGAAGAGUUUCAGUAGGAGUUCAGGCCUUAACACUCAUCACAGGAGCCACACAGGAGAGAAGCCUUAUGAAUGCUUAGAGUGUGGGAAGAGUUUCACUAAUAGCAAUACCCUUAAAAUACAUUACAGGAUCCACACUGGUGAGAAGCCUUAUAAAUGCUUAGAGUGUGGGAAGAGUUUCAGCAACAGCUCAUACCUUGACACCCAUCACAGGAUCCACACAGGAGAGAAACCUUAUGAAUGCUUAGAGUGUGGGAAGAGUUUCGCUGUUAGAAAUAGCCUUAAAAUACAUUACAGGAUCCACACUGGUGAGAAGCCUUAUAAAUGCUUAGAGUGUGGGAAGAGUUUCAUCAACAGCUCAAACCUUGACACCCAUCACAGGAUCCACACAGGAGAGAAGCCCUAUAAAUGCUUAGAGUGUGGGAAGAGUUUCAGCAACAGCUCAACCCUUAACACCCAUUGCAGGAUACACACUGGAGAGAAGCCUUAUAAAUGCUUAGAGUGCGGGAAGAGUUUCCGUACGAGCUCAUCCCUUAACUACCAUCACAGGAUCCACACGGGAGAGAAGCCUUAUAAAUGCUUAGAGUGUGAGAAGAGUUUCCGCAAGAGCUCAACCCUUAACACGCAUCUCAGGAUUCACACAGGCAAGAAGCCUUAUAAAUGCUUAGAGUGCGGGAAGAGUUUCAGUCAGAGUUCAACCCUUAACAGGCAUCACAGGAGCCACACAGGCGAGAAGCCUUAUAAAUGCUUAGAGUGCGGGAAGAAUUUCACUGAUAGAAAUAGCCUUAAAAUACAUCACAGGAUCCACACAGGUGAGAAGCCUUAUAAAUGUUUAGAGUGUGGGAAGAGUUUCAGCAACAGCUCAGCCCUUAACAAGCAUCACAGGAGACGCACAGGCGAGAAGCCUUAUAAAUGCUUAGAGUGCGGGAAGAAUUUCACUGAUGGAAAUAGCCUUAAAAUACAUCACAGGAUCCACACAGGCGAGAAGCCUUAUAAAUGCUCAGAGUGUGGGAAGAGUUUCAGUCAUAGUUCAGGCCUUAACACCCAUCACAGAAUCCACACAGGAGAGAAGCCUUAUAAAUGCUUAGAGUGCGGGAAGAGUUUCAGUCAGAGUUCAGGCCUUGACAUCCAUCACAAGAGCCACAUAGGCGAGAAGCCUUAUAAAUGCUUAGAGUGUGGGAAGAGUUUCACUCGUAGAAAUAGCCUUAAAAUACAUCACAGGAUCCACACAGGCAAGAAGCCUUAUAAAUGCUUAGAGUGCGGGAAGAGUUUCAGUCAGAGUUCAGGCCUUGACGUCCAUCACAAGACCCACAUAGGCGAGAAGCCUUAUAAAUGCUUAGAGUGCGGAAAGAGUUUCAGGUACAGCUCAAACCUCAACACCCAUCACAGGAUCCACACAGGCGAGAAGCUUUAUAAAUGCUUAGAGUGUGGGAAGAGUUUCACUGGUAGAAAUAGCCUUAAAAUACAUCAUAGGAUCCACACAGGCGAGAAGCCUUAUAAAUGCUUAGAGUGUGGGAAGAGUUUCAGUCAGAGUUCAGGCCUUGACGUCCAUCACAAGAGCCACAUAGGCGAGAAGCCUUAUAAAUGCUUAGAGUGCGGGAAGAGUUUCAGUCGGAGCUCAAACCUAGACACCCAUCACCGGAUCCACACAGGUGAGAAGCCUUAUAAAUGCUUAGAGUGUGGGAAGAGUUUUACUGAGAGAAAUAGCCUUAAAAAACAUCACAGGAUCCACACUGGAGAGAAGCCUUAUAAAUGCUUAGAGUGUGGGAAGAGUUUCACUGAUAGAAACAGCCUUAAAAAACAUCACAUGAUCCACACUGGUGAGAAGCCUUAUAAAUGCUUAGAGUGUGGGAAGUGUUUCAGUCAGAGCUCCACCCUUGACGCCCAUCACAGGAUCCACACUGGAGAGAAGCCUUAUAAAUGCUUACAGUGUGGGAAGAGUUUUAGUCAGAGUUCAAGCCUCGACACCCAUCAGAGGAUCCACACAGGAGAGAAGCCUUAUAAAUGCUUAGAGUGCGGGAAGAGUUUCAAUCACAGUUCAACCCUUAACACCCAUCACAGGAUCCACACAGGCGAGAAGCUCUAUAAAUGCUUAGAGUGCGGGAAGAGUUUUAAUCACAGCUCAACCCUUAACAUCCAUCAUAGAAUCCACACUGGCGAGAAGCUCUAUAAGUGCUUUGAGUGCGGGAAGAGUUUCAGUCACAGCUCAACCCUUAACACCCAUCACAGGAUCCACACAGGCGAGAUGUCCAAAAAUGUUUAGAAUGCGGAAAGAGCUUCAAUGACCAUAGACAUCCAAGUAUUCAUACUGGUGAGAAGCCUUAUAAAUGCUUAGAGUGCAUGAAAAGCUUCAUUCACCGUAGAAACUUUAAACAGCACCAAAGAAUCCAAUAAAGGAAGAAAUCCUUCAAAUGCAUUUCUUAACCUACUGGAAGAACUUCAAACAUUAUAAGUACCUGAAAUCACAUCAAAGAACAGACACAGGGAGGAUUUUUUUCAAUCCCAGCAGUUUCCGGAAAGAAGGAAGAUCUUCAAAUGGAGGAGAGCCAUUAAGGCCGCUUCGGACGCUGGAGCCAGUGCAGAACACAGCAGCUGAGCUGUU